CGUAAACCCAAUUUUGACUCAAAAAUUCAAUUUUACAACCAAAUAAAACUCAUUUAAUAUCAUCGAACUUAAACGCAUAAAAUAUUAUCCUAAAUUGAAGUUAACAAGAAAAUGCAAGUAGCACCAGAAAUACCUUCAAAGCCGGUUCAAGAUAUCCUAGCAUCUACCAGUGAAGAUGUGCCGGAUAUUUUUACUAGGGAUGCCGGUAAACUAAGCUUAGCUGCCGACUCCACGACUCUUCCUUGGAUGGACUGCCCGAUUAUUGAUUUUUCUCUCCUCUCUUCGCCCGAUGCGGUAGAGGCCAAGGAGGAGCUCACCAAACUUUCCUAUGCUCUUGUUUCUUGGGGCUCCUUUCAGGUCAUGAAUCAUGGAAUAACGGAUUCAUUGAUGGAUGGAGUCCGUGAAGUUAGCAAAGAAUUCUUUAUACUGCCUGCAGAAGAGAGAAAGAAGUAUUUAAGGGCAGCUAAUGACCCUGAAGGCUAUGGAAACGAUACCGUAAUGUCCCAAAAUGUACCUCACAAUUGGAAUGAUCGCUUGUAUCUCAACGUCUUCCCUGAGGAUCAACGAAAGCUAGGGUUUUGGCCACAAAUUCCCUCUAAUUUUAGGGGAACUUUGCAUGAAUUCACCAUGAAAGUAAAACAAGUGAAUGAAACACUAGUCCAAGCGAUGGCACGGUGUUUAGGGUUAGAAGAUAAUAGCUUUCUUGAGGAAUACGGCGACAGCGUACGAGUAACUGCAAGAAUAAACUUUUAUCCUAAGUGUCCAUUCCCUGAAUUAGUUCAUGCCUCAAGAACACACUCGGAUGCAUCUGCCAUAACGAUUCUCUUGCAAGAUAAACAAGUUGAAGGCCUUCAAGUUCUCAAAGACGAUAACUGGUUUAAAGUCCCAAUUAUUCCUUCUGCUCUCUUUGUUAAUGUUGGCGAUCAAAUGGAGAUAAUGAGUAAUGGGAUAUUCAAGAGUGCAGUCCAUAGAGUGGUUGCAAAUUCAGAAAGAGAAAGGCUAUCUCUAGCAAUGUUUUGUUCUCCAGAUCAUGAGAAGGAGAUCGGGCCAUUAAACAAACUUGUGAAUGAAAAUCAACCUCGUUUGUACAAGACCAUUAAAACUUAUGGAGAGAUCUUCUUCCGUUAUCACCCCAAAGGCGAAAGACCUAUUACAGCCAUGAGGAUCUAAUCACUUUGCAUUUUUCAAACAAAUGGAGUACUGUGUAGUAUGUAUACCGUACCAACUCCGUUAUUUUGUUAAAAUAAAGCAGUUUAAACUCUCCCUUCCUUUUCUCAUAGGGCUCUUUUGAGCCUCAAAUUUGACUUUUUUUUUGGCAACCCUUUCUACGUACUUUGUUUAUGUGUUUACUAGUCUGGUAUGUACGCGAUUCGUGCUGUAAAUAUAAGGAAAAAAAAUAUUUGUAUUAUUAUAUCUUAACCUGAAA